AUGUCCGUCUACGAGCACGAUGAGGAUCAUGAUCCGCAGGCGGACGAGCUCCGUGAGACCGCCCUGGUCACGUUGGAGGCCCUGAUCAGCUCGUGCAAUCAGCAGAUGCAGCCGUACCUGGCCAACACCACCCGAGCUGCUCUUCGAUUCCUCAAGUACGAUCCCAAUGUGGCUGAAAUGGAGGAUGACGAGGAAAUGGGAGGCACCCAGGACGACGGCAGCGACGAAGAGCCCGACCUGGACGACGACGACUUCGAGGACUUUGAAGAAGAGGGUGGCUACAGCGACAUCGAUGACAUGAGCUGGAAAGUACGGCGGUGUGCGGCCAAGCUGCUCUACACCCUCAUCUCCACGUACGGCCGCAGUCGUGCCCUGGAUGACGCGUCCCUCUACCAACAGAUCGCCCCGGCCUUGAUCUCGCGCAUCAGCAAGGAGAGGGAGGAGAGCGUGAAGCUAGAAAUCGUCUCAACGUUGACCGCUUUGGUGCGGAAGACCAGUGAGGGAUCGGUGGUUCUCACGUCGAACGGCUUCCUGGAGGUAGUCGGGGGAUCGAAAAACUCGCGCAAGAGACGACGCCAGGACAGCGACGCAAGCAUGAUUGACUUUGAGCCGGGCGUGGGUACAUCGUCGGCUAUCAGCUCUCCCGUCGUCCCCUCGUCUCCCAAGUCGGGUCCACAGGCUGAUUUGGCCCGUUCGGUUCCCUUGAUCGUCCAGAGUCUGGUGAAAAUGUGGAAGCAAGCCUCGGUGCCCCUGCGUCAAGCGGCAAUCGUUCUCUUGAAGAGCCUGGCACUGGUUCGUUAUGGAGGUCUUGCGGAUCACCUCCAGCAGAUCGAAGACCUCAUCGCCGAUGCGCUCAAAACCUCGCUCUCGGGAAGCUCGACGGCUCACGCCGGGGCGGCGGUGAGCGCAAGCACCCUCCAGAUUGAGACUCUGGGUCUCAUAGCUGCCAUUGCCGAAACUCACGUCUCCGACGCCCUUCUGCCAUUCCUGAUCGCCUUGGUUCCCGGCAUCAUCGGGGCGGUGAACGACCGAAACUACAAAGUGAGCAGUGAAGCUCUUGGUGCGAUCGAGCAGAUUGUCAAGGCUCUCACCCCGCCACGUGUUUCUACCAACGCCCGUGAUAUUGCGAUGCAGCUGGAAAAACUCUACGAGGUUGUUCAUACUAGAAUUAGUGACACGAGUGCCGAUCUGGAGGUUCGCCAGCGUGCCAUUCACGUGUUUGGCAUUAUUUUGGCACGGACUUCUGGAGAGCAUGGAUCUGAUUUCCUGUCGCACAAGAAGAGAUCAGCCGGUUUGACGGUUCUGGUGGACCGAGUGAAGAACGAAACCACGCGCCUAUCGGCCGUCCGCGCCAUCGAUGAUGUUAUCGUUCUUUCCAGCCGAAACGAGGACGUGCCUAGUGACUGGGUGAAUGAAGUGACGCUUGAGCUUGCGUCCAAUCUUCGAAAGUCAGACCGUGCGUUGAGAGGCGCUUGUCUGGAGGCCCUCCGCAGUCUGUCAAUGAACUCCAACUCCCUUUCUCAACUCCAACCCAACACCAUGAAGACUCUGGAAGAUGCUCUUCUGCCGCUGCUCGCGGCCCAUGAUUUCCACCUCCUCACCCCUUCAUUGAUUAUCGUGGCCAAGAUUAUCCCCGGAAAUGCAGCUUUGUUAGUCAACGAAUCCCUGAUCACCUCGAUCUGCUCGAUUGUCAAGCAGCCACUCAUCGGUACUGUGCUUAAGGCCUUACUGCUGCUCGUGAAGGUGAUCGGGGAUGAGGGCGCUGGUACACAGCUGAUGCAAAGUCUUCUGCAAAACGUCGGCAUUACAGGCGACUCCUCUGUCGUGGGGCGAGCCGUUGGCACCCUGCUUGUGCAUGGUGGGACUAAUCUUGGUGUUACCAUGGACGACUUCAAGGUCGAGCUGGAGACUGCGCAAGAUGACAGCCGCAAGUGUCUUGCACUCGCUAUUCUCGGAGAGAUUGGUUUACGAAUGGGCUCGGAGUGCACGUUGAGUCCAGACUUGUUCAUCAACCAUUUCUCCUCGCCGAGGGAUCAAGUUCGAUUGGCGGCCGCCACUGCACUGGGUAAUGCUGCCGCAGGCAACGUUAAGGCGUAUCUGCCGAUCAUUCUGAAUGGCCUGAGUAAGUCGAACUCGCAGAGCUACCUGUUGCUGCAUUCGGUCCGCGAGCUUCUUCAGCACCCAGAGAUCGUGCGACCAGAUUUGGCGCCCUCCGCCACCAAAUUGUGGCAGGCCCUCCUCAUCGUCUCCGAAGAGGAGGAUAACCGCGCGGUGGGUGCUGAAUGUAUUGGUCGACUUGCGCUCAUUGAUCCUGCCGCUUAUAUUCCCCUCUUCCAAAAUCACCUUUCGAGCCCCGACCCCGCUAUCCGUGGUGUUGUUAUCUCUGCCUUCCGCUACACGCUGGCCGAUUCGAGCAAUGCAUUCAAUGCCGUCCUCCGGCCGUUGAUGGUGCCGCUCCUGACCAAUAUGCUCAGCGAUACCAAUCUGGGCAAUCAUCGACUUGCAUUGACCACUCUUAACUCCGCCAUCCACAACAAGAUGAACCUGCUUGCCCCGCACCUUGGCGAGCUUCUACCAGCUGUUUUCGGUGACACGAGGAUCAAGCCAGAGCUUAUUCGGGAGGUGCAAAUGGGUCCCUUCAAGCACAAGGUGGAUGAUGGCCUGGAUUUGCGAAAGAGCGCCUACGAAACCCUCUACGCAUCACUGGACACAUCCUUCUCCCAUGCUCACAUGUCGGAGCUGUUCGAUCGGGUCAUCGCCGGAAUCGACGAUGAGCAGGAUAUUCGCGCCGUCAGCAAUCUGAUGACCUCCAAGCUCAUCGCAUUGGCACCCGAGGAGACCGAGCGACAUUUGGAUGCUCUGUCGGAGCGCUAUAUGACCGUCCUGUCGUUCAAGCCGAAAGAUAACGCGGUCAAGCAAGAGCUGGAGAAGGCGCAGGAGGCGUCAAUGGGUAUUCUCAAGAUCACUAAAGAAUUGAGCAAGGCAUACCCCAGCGCGGAGACAACCGGAGAGCUACACAAAUGGAAAGGGUAUAUGGAGUGGGUGCGCAAGACGUUCUCGGUGCAGCUGGCGACUCUAGAGACGGAUUUCUAG